AUGUGGCCUCCACACUGGGGUGGGUGUGUGGUCAGGUCCUGCCAUCAGGGAGGGAGGAGCAAUGGGGUGGACGCUCACAGCAUCUGUCCAGAGCUAUUUGAGAGCCCAUUGCUGGAGUCAGAAGAGGAACAUCUCCUGCUGGACCCGGGGAACGCGUUGAAGCUGUACUGUGAUGCCAACCAGAGUGGUGCCAGCGUGGUCUGGUACAAAGAGUCCCAGCCACUUGUCCCAGGGGGACGCGUCCGCCUCCGGCAGAGCUUGCUGGAAAUUUCAGAGGUUGCCUACGAGGACUCAGGGCUCUAUGUAUGUCGGGCGCGGGGGACUGGGGAUAUUCUGUGCAACUUCACCAUCUCCAUUGUGGACUCGGUGGCAUCAGGCGAUGACGAUGAAGACAGUGAUGGGGACAGUCCUCACAGAGACCGAAACGAGGAGCCCGUUUAUGUGCACAGAGCUCCUUACUGGACUCACCCACACCGGAUGGACAAGAAGCUGUACGCGGUUCCCGCGGGGAACACGGUGAAGUUUCGCUGCCCAGCCUCGGGCAGCCCCAGCCCCAGUAUCCGCUGGUUCAAGAACGGGCGCGAGUUCCGGGGGGAGCACCGCAUCGGGGGCAUCCGGCUCCGGCACCAGCACUGGAGCCUGGUGAUGGAGAGCGUGGUGCCCUCCGACCGCGGCAACUACACCUGCCUGGUGGAGAACAGAUUUGGCAGCAUCCACUACAGCUACCUCCUGGACGUGCUGGAGAGGUCUCCACACAGGCCCAUCUUGCAGGCUGGGCUGCCUGCCAACACCACAGCCCUGGUGGGCAGUGACGUGGAGUUCUUCUGCAAGGUCUACAGUGACGCCCAGCCCCACAUCCAGUGGCUGAAGCACAUCGAGGUGAACGGCAGCAGCUAUGGUCCCGACGGGGUCCCCUACGUGCAAGUGCUCAAGACUGCAGACAUCAACAGCUCCGAGGUGGAGGUGCUGUACCUGCGCAAUGUCUCCAUGGAGGAUGCUGGCGAGUACACCUGCCUGGCGGGGAACUCCAUCGGCCUCUCCUACCAGUCUGCCUGGCUCACCGUCCUGCCAGAAGAGGAGCUGGUGAGGGAAGCUGAAGCCCCUGAGGCCAAGUACACAGACAUCAUUAUCUACACCUCGGGCUCGCUGGCCGUGGCCAUGGCCAUCAUCAUCGUGGUGCUCUGCAGGAUGCAGACUCAGUCGAGCAAGCAGCCCCUGGAGCCCAUGGCUGUCCACAAGCUCUCCAAAUUUCCACUCAUCCGACAGUUUUCCCUGGACUCCAGCUCCUCCGGGAAGUCCAGCACGUCCCUGAUGCGCGUCACCCGUCUCUCCUCCAGCUGCGCCCCAAUGCUGGCUGGGGUCAUGGAGCUGGACCUGCCCCUCGAUGCCAAGUGGGAGUUCCCUCGAGACAAGCUGGUGCUGGGCAAGCCCCUGGGGGAAGGCUGCUUUGGCCAGGUGGUGCGGGCAGAGGCUUACGGCAUCGAUAGAGACCGGCCAGACAGAGCAGUCACUGUGGCUGUCAAAAUGCUGAAAGACAGUGCCACUGAUAAGGACCUGGCUGACCUCAUAUCCGAGAUGGAGAUGAUGAAGCUCAUGGACAAGCACAAGAACAUCAUCAACCUCCUGGGAGUCUGCACGCAGGACGGGCCACUGUACGUGAUCGUGGAGUUUGCUGCAAAAGGCAACCUGCGUGAGUACCUCCGUGCCCGCCGCCCCCCGACACCUGACUACGCCUUCGACAUCGUGGCCAUGCCCGAGGAGCAACUCUCCUUCAAGGACCUGGUCUCUUGCAUCUACCAGGUUGCCCGUGGCAUGGAGUACCUGGAGUCCAAACGGUGCAUCCACCGUGACCUGGCUGCCCGCAACGUGCUGGUCACGGCAGAGAGCGUGAUGAAGAUCGCAGACUUUGGAUUGGCCAGGGACGUCCACGACAUCGACUACUACAAGAAAACCAGUAAUGGUCGCCUGCCAGUGAAGUGGAUGGCACCUGAGGCCCUGUUUGACCGAGUCUACACCCACCAGAGCGAUGUGUGGUCCUUUGGGAUCCUGAUGUGGGAGAUCUUCACGCUGGGGGGAUCCCCCUACCCUGGCAUCCCUGUCGAGGAGCUCUUCAAGCUGCUGAAGGAGGGACACCGCAUGGACCGGCCGUCCAACUGCACCCAUGAGCUGUACAUGUUGAUGCGGGAGUGCUGGCACGCUGUCCCUUCACAGCGUCCCACCUUCAAGCAGCUGGUGGAGGGGCUGGACAAGAUCCUGGCUGCUGUUUCAGAGGAGUACCUGGACCUCUCCAUGCCCUUUGAGCAGUACUCGCCCUCCUGUGAGGACACCGGCAGCUCCUGCUCCUCCGAUGACUCUGUCUUCACCCAUGACCCGCUGCCACUAGCUCCUCGCCUCUUCUCCUACCCCAAUGUGAGGACUUAAGGGCGGGCAGGGAAGGGGGAUGCCGAGGUUGCCCCUGCCCUCGCAGGG